GUUGGGCGGCAGGCCUGGGCAGCGCAGCGGUGGGGCCGAACCUAGCGCAAGCGGGCCCGCCUGCAGGGCAAAUCUUCAAGAACUGGAGCGAGAACUAUCGUGAGGUAUCUGACCUCCUGGAUUGGAUGGGUGGCGAUGGCGUGCUGAUAGACCACCCGUCCAAAGACAUUCGCGCGCACCUGAACCGCGUCCUGCAGGCCUGGUCCGAGGCGAAGCAGGGCAAGACCGUGCAGCCGAAUUUGAUCGACCACAAAGACGCCCUCAAGGAUUUCAGCCCUGAAGAAAUGGAGGCCGUCAAGGACAUGCCCGGCCGCGUGAUGCUACUCAACGCCAUCAAGAAGAUGAGCGCCGAGAUGAAUGCCACUCCUGUGGCAGCCAACUUCAGGGCCAUGGAGAAGCUCGAGGAGAAGGUCCAAGAAGCCUUCAAGGAGAAGAUCAGAGCCAAGAUGAUGAUUGCCGCCAGGGGCGGGUUGUGCAUCCCCCUCGCGAAGGACGGCAGUUUGGUCAGCAACUUCUUCAAGAAGCUGAAAGCCGCGAAGGCGGUGGCCCCACCAAAGUUGAAGAAGGCCUUGGAGGCGCUGCAAGAGGCUACAGGCGAGGCCGCCGAGGGUGGCGAGCUGCAGGGCGCCGAGAUCGCCGACUUCGAGGGCGGCCCAGAGGCGGCCAAUGAGGAUGGCGAGAACGAGGCCGCGGAUG